AUGAAGUCUGUCUUCCUCUCCUUUCUUCUUGUGUUCUUCAUUUGCUUCCAUUGUGUUUGUUCACAUGAUCAGACUCUUAGGAGACAAGCCUCAAUCUUGGCUUCUGUCAAGCAAGGUUUUGAAGCCUCAGAUCCUUCUCUAAGUAGCUGGAAUGUAUCAAACUAUAAGUUCCUUUGCUCUUGGGCUGGUAUCAUGUGUGACAACCUCAGCAGAUCAGUGAUUUCCUUAGACGUAUCGAAUUACAACCUCUCUGGUUCUCUUUCACCUGAUAUCACAGAACUGAGAACCCUUGUCAAUCUCUCUGUGUCUGGGAAUGAUUUUUCAGGUAGUUUCCCAGCUGGAAUUCACAAGCUUCCCAGGCUUCAAUACCUCAACAUAUCCAACAAUGGCUUUGGUGGAAGCAUGGACUGGGAAUUUGCUCAGCUAAAGGAGCUCAUAUUGCUUGAUGCUUACAACAAUGAUUUCAAUGGUUCACUCCCAUUAGGUGUCACUCAACUUCCCAAGCUGAAGCGCUUAGACUUCGGAGGAAAUUACUUCAGUGGCAGCAUCCCUCCAAGCUAUGGAAAUAUGUCACAGCUUAAUUACCUCUCAGUUGCAGGAAAUGAUCUCAGUGGUUUCAUACCAAGUGAGCUUGGCAACCUUACUAACCUCACUCAGCUGUUCUUGGGAUAUUACAAUGAUUUUGAUGGAGGUAUCCCACCUGAGAUUGGUAAACUGACCAAUCUGUUCCAUUUAGACCUUGCAAACUGUGGCUUGGAGGGCUCAAUCCCACCUGAGCUGGGAAAUCUGAAGAAGCUAGACACUUUGUUCUUGCAAACCAAUCAGCUCAGUGGUUCCAUUCCUGCUCAGCUUGGGAACUUGAGUAGCUUGAGGUCUCUUGAUCUCUCAAACAAUGCACUAACAGGAGACAUCCCUGUCGAGUUCUCAGCUCUCCGCGAGCUUACUCUCUUGAACUUGUUCAUCAACAAGUUUCAUGGAGAGAUCCCUCAUGAAAUAGCUGAGCUGCCCAACUUGGAGGUCUUGAAGCUGUGGCAAAACAAUUUCACUGGAGCAAUUCCUUCAAAGCUUGGUCAGAAUGGUAAACUGGUUGAGCUUGAUCUGUCUACUAAUAAGCUCACUGGUGAAGUCCCAAAAUCUCUUUGCUUUGGAAGGAAGCUGAAGAUAUUGAUUCUGCUCAACAAUUUUCUCUUUGGGCCUCUACCUGAUGAUCUUGGUGAAUGUGACACUCUAGUAAGAGUUAGGCUGGGGCAGAAUUACCUGAGUGGAUCAAUUCCAAGAGGGUUUCUUUACUUGCCUGAGCUCACUCUGAUGGAGCUGCAGAACAAUUAUCUUACUGGUCAACUUGAUAUGCAGGAAAAAAGCCAAGUACCCUCAAAGCUUUCUCAGCUGAAUCUCUCAAGCAAUCGCUUAUCGGGGUCACCUCCUGCAUCUAUUGGAAAUUUCUCUAGCUUGCAGAUUCUUUUGCUAAGUGGAAACAGAUUUACUGGAGAAAUUCCAUCUGACAUAGGCCGGUUGAGAAAUGUUCUAAAGUUGGAUAUGAGCAGAAACAAUUUUUCAGGCAGCAUCCCUCCAGAAAUUGGAAACUGUACCUUGCUGACUUAUCUAGACUUGAGCCAAAACCAACUUUCUGGUCCAAUUCCACCUCAAGUUGUUCAAAUUCACAUACUGAAUUACUUCAACGUGUCAUGGAACCACUUAAACCAGAGCCUACCUAAGGAACUUGGGUCCUUGAAGAGUCUAACCUCUGCUGAUUUUUCCCACAACAGCUUCUCAGGUUCAGUACCACAAACAGGUCAAUACUUAUUCUUUAACCACACAUCUUUUAUAGGCAACCCUGAUUUAUGUGACUCUUCAGUAAAUCCUUGCAACUAUUCUUCCAACUCACCAUUAGAGUCUCACAACCAAAAUGGCUCAAGGUCUCAAGUCCUUGGGAAAUUCAAGCUUGUCUUUGCAUUAGGCCUCUUGUUGUGUUCAUUUGUGUUUGCGACCUUUGCAAUCAUAAAGACCAGAAAGGUGAGGAGGAAUUCGAACACAUGGAAGCUCACCGCCUUCCAGAAGCUAGAAUUUGGAAGUGAAGACAUCUUGGAGUGCAUCAAGGACAACAAUGUUAUUGGGAGAGGUGGAGCUGGGAUUGUAUAUAGAGGAACAAUGUUAAGUGGCGAGCAAGUAGCUGUUAAGAAGCUGUUGGGAAUCAACAAAGGCUCUUCUCAUGAUAAUGGCCUCUCAGCAGAAAUUCAGACACUUGGGAAAAUCAGGCACCGGAACAUUGUCCGGUUGCUAGCAUUUUGCUCAAACAAAGAGACCAAUCUGCUUGUUUAUGAGUACAUGCCAAAUGGAAGCUUGGGUGAAGUUUUGCAUGGGAAGAGAGGUGGAUAUCUAAAAUGGGAGACUAGGCUUAACAUAGCCAUUGAAGCAGCAAAAGGGCUUUGUUACUUGCACCAUGAUUGUUCCCCUUUGAUUCUUCAUAGGGAUGUCAAAUCCAACAACAUUUUGCUCAACUCCGAGUUUGAGGCUCAUGUAGCAGAUUUUGGGCUUGCCAAGUUCUUGCAGGACACUGGAACAUCAGAAUGCAUGUCUGCAAUUGCUGGUUCAUAUGGUUACAUUGCUCCAGAGUAUGCAUACACAUUGAGGGUUGAUGAGAAGAGCGAUGUGUAUAGCUUUGGGGUGGUACUACUGGAACUGAUCACAGGGAGGAGGCCGGUUGGGGGUUUCGGAGAAGAGGGCAUGGACAUUGUACAAUGGACUAAGUUACAGACCGACUCGCGCAAAGAAGGGGUGAUCAAGAUCCUAGAUCAGCGGCUAGGAAGUGUUCCGUUGGACGAAGCAAUGCAGGUGUUCUUUGUAGCAGUGUUAUGUGUUCAAGAGCACAGUGUGGAGAGACCAACCAUGAGAGAAGUUGUUCAAAUGCUUGCACAAGCUAAGCAGCCACACACAUUUCACAUGCAAUGAAAGAAUGACUUCAUAGGGAAGAUUUUGGUGAUGACCCAAAAACUAAAACUUCAUGAAUAUAUAUAAUAGGUAAAUUUUGAUUAAAGGUGACAAAAUAUGGGUGAUUAAUGGUAUAGAUAGCUGUAGCUAGCUAGGUCCAGAGAGUCGGCCAUAUUAUAUAGUGAGUAAGUUUAUGCUUGUUUUUUCUUCUUCUUUUUCUCUUUUGGUUUCUCUAAGGCUUGGUUAAUCUAGCAUCUUUGCCCUGUUGUUCUUGUAUUUUGUGGGAUUGAAGCUAGCUUUGUUCUGGUCAUCAGUGGCAUGCAAAAGUGAACUGGUCAAGGUUACUGUAAAAGUGGCAGUGCUUCAUCUGUAUUAUUGUGUCAUCAUGAACAUUCAUAACC